AUGGAAAAUCAGACCAGCACCUAUGAAUUCCUCCUCCUGGCCUUCUCCAGUCACCAAGAACUCCUGUUCCCACUAUUCCUAGGCCUAUACCUGGCAGCUAUCCUAGGAAACCUGUUGAUUCUUGUUGCUGUUGGCUCAGACCCACGCCUCCAUUCACCCAUGUAUGUGCUCCUGGUCAACCUGUCCCUGGCAGAUCUCUGCUUCACCUCUGCUACAAUGCCCAGGUUCCUCUAUGCCCUGCUGACAGGGGAUCAGACCAUCACUCAUUCAGCCUGCUUGUCCCAAGUCUUCUUUUUCCUGAUGGCAGGUAAUGUGGAUGUCUUUGUGUUAGUUGCCAUGUCAUGGGACCGAUAUGUAGCCAUAUGCAAGCCACUGCACUAUACUACUGUGGUGACCCUGCCACGGUGUAUGUUGCUCCUGGGGGCUGUGUGGGUGGGCACAGCCCUGCAUUCUCUGCUCCACACAGCUCUUCUUGCUCGUCUGUCCUUCUGUAGCAAUCGUGCUCUCCCAGGCUUCUUCUGUGAUCUCCAUCCUUUGUUACAUCUUGCCUGCUCUGACACCUCCCUCAACUACAUGAUGGUUAUAGUUGAGGGUGGUCUUGUAAUCAUUGGGCCUGCUUUUUGCAUUAUAGCCUCUUAUAUCUUCAUCGGAGCUGCUGUUUGUCAGGUUCGAGCCCCUGGGGGUUUCCACAAGGCAUUUUCCACUUGUGGAUCCCAUCUAAUGGUGGUUGUUCUCUUCUUUGGAACUCUAGUGGCUGUCUACCUGAAGCCCCCGAGCCAGGCUGAGGGCCAAAAGGAAGACCAAGAUCUUGUGGCCACAGUCAUGUUCUCUGUGGUGGCUCCAACACUAAACCCCUACAUCUAUAGUCUGCAGAACCGAGAAAUCAAAGUAGCCCUGGCAAAGAGGGCACUGUUCCAAGCCUCUUGUGCUGGGGAUCAGGGGCCUGGUCACUGUCUUUGCAUGCUAGGACCUCAGGUGCUGGCAGCUGGCGGCUGUAGGGGGUCUGGUAGCUUACCUGGUGCUGAGCUGAUGUCCUAG